AAGAAGCCACUUGUUCUGCUUUUGCUUGCCUUCACUCCAACCUUUGCCUACAAUAUUCACACACGCUCUUCACCUCUUUCAGUAGCCGGCUCCAGAUUCUCCUCUUUUCAGAAACCCUAAUACACACUCCAUCUCUCUCCUCUCUCUCUCUCUCUCUCCUUUCCAAACGUACACACACAUACAGACAUCUUUAUCUAUAUACACCAUUUGUUGAAGAAAUUAGCAAUGGAGGUUACAGUGGGCCAAAAGCACAAGCAGCUGGUGGAGUUCGUUGUAGACUCCGUCUCCGAGCUUGCUUCGCCUCCAACGAAGAUUUCUGCUUCGUCGGCCGUUGUUGCUCGCUUCGGCUUCGAUUCCGGAGCUCCGGAGCUUCGAUUCUACGCAGAAUCUGAACCGGGCGAGGCUAUUCACGUUGCUCUCCGGACUGCUCAGCUUUUCAAGCUAAGUCCUGUUCAAUCAGUAUGCAUAUCUGAAGGGUCUGAAACCAGUAAAGAGCAAUCAUAUUCAAGGGGAAUCACCAUUCAAUUUAGGAAGGACGAGGAAAGUAGGGCCUUCCAUUGUGCAUUUGAGCAAUGGAAGAAGGAAGUUAUUUUUCAAGGAUCAUGUUUACAAAAUGGCACAUUUUCAGCUUCUAAAAGCAAAUUUGAUGAGAAGAUAGAGCCAUCUUCUGCCAAAAUGUAUUUUCACUACUAUGGACAGUUACUACACCAGCAAAAUAUGCUACAGGAUUAUGUGAGGACAGGAACGUUUUAUGCUGCUAUAAUUGAGAACCGAGCAGAUUUUGUUGGUCGUGUGGUGGUCGACGUUGGUGCUGGUAGCGGUAUUCUGUCAUUAUUUGCUGCUCAGGCUGGUGCCAAACAUGUUUAUGCGGUGGAAGCGUCUGAAAUGGCAGAAUAUGCCCACAAACUUAUUGCUGGGAACCCGUCUCUGGGUGAGAGAAUUACGGUAGUCAAGGGUAAAAUUGAAGAAGUUGAACUGCCAGAGAAAGCAGAUAUUCUAAUCUCUGAGCCAAUGGGUACAUUGUUAGUUAAUGAAAGAAUGCUGGAGACCUACGUAAUUGCAAGGGAUCGGUUUCUUGUUCCUAAUGGAAAGAUGUUUCCUACGAAUGGAAGAAUACAUAUGGCACCAUUCAGUGAUGAAUAUUUGUUUGUUGAAAUUGCAAAUAAGGCUCUCUUUUGGCAGCAACAAGAUUAUUAUGGGGUUGACCUAACUCCCUUAUAUGGAUCUGCAUUCCAAGGAUAUUUUUCUCAGCCUGUGGUGGAUGCUUUUGAUCCUAGGGUAUUGGUGGCUCCUGCUAUAUCUCAUGUGAUAGACUUCACUUCUAUAAAGGAAGAAGAUUUAUAUGAAAUUGAUGUUCCCCUGAAGUUUAUAGCCUCUGUGGGUGUUAGAAUUCACGGGUUGGCGUGCUGGUUUGAUGUUUUGUUUGAUGGAAGCACUGUACAAAGGUGGCUGACUACUGCUCCUGGCGCCCCUACAACCCAUUGGUAUCAGCUCCGUUGCAUUCUCUCUCAGCCACUUUAUGUCAUGCCGGGACAAGAGAUUACAGGCCGACUCCACAUGAUUGCGCACAAUGCCCAGAGCUAUACGAUUCAUCUAACAAUGUCAACUAAAAUGUGGGGCCCUGGCGCUGGACAAGGGGGAAUACUUCAGACAUCAUCCUGCAAACUUGAUCUGAAAGAGCCCUAUUACCGAAUGUCUCAACCGCAACCCUACUCAAACACCCAAGAUCAGUCAACACAUAACCUAUUAAAUACACAGCAGGAUACACAAAUACAAUCCCGGGAUGAAGAAUUAUCCGAGUGGAUGCAGGAACCGUCCUUAAAUUUUGAUCCUGAGCUCCGUUGAGUCCCUGUAAAAAAACAAAGACAUCCUUGUCUUGGUGUUGUGCAAUAAACCUUCAGACGAACUCCAAUGUUUUCAGAUAUUUGCACUUGCCAUAGGCAGUGAAUUUACAUCAAUACCUGCAGUUCAAUCACCCUUUUUCUUUCCCCUGUAAUGUAUAGUAUCAAAAUGGUUAGAGAGCAUUCAUCUAACAAGUUACUAGCCUCAGUUUGACCUGUUAAAAUUACACAAAGCUUCGUGCUAAUUGCCUUCUAUUUGGAAUCGGGUCUGUC